CUUCUUUUGAUGCAGAGGAGCAGCGACUCUACUCCGAGCUCCCUUUGGAUGACUAAACUCGUACUCUAUCUCUAAGGCAGAGUCUAGCCCGUCUAUGAAGGAAGCUCAUUGUAGAAGUUUGAAUUUGGGUAUCUCGUUACAUGUGGUUGUGAUCCUUUCCUCAGGACCAUUGGUGAGAGUCGGAAAGUAGGUAGACCAAACAGCUUUACUUUUUAACUCAGCUCUUUCUUCACCAAAACAUACCAGAGCAAUGCCUACAUUACUGUGAACAAGGCCCAAAUCUGUCCAUCCACCUUCCUCCUCCUUCCUUCAAAAUGUGGUUAUGUGACUCCGGUAAAUAAUGCCCACCUACAGGAGAUCACUUAGUUAUGUUGGUUUGAUCAGGGAUCAUAAUUUGUCAUAUUAAUUCAGAGUUUACAUAUAAAAAACGCAAUCAACUAAAAUAGAGAGCAAAAGAAAAUAGAUAAUUAAAUAUGAAUAUCCAUAAGGUUUUUUAUAUCAUUGAUGCCCAUAAUUUAUUGAAAUAUUAGACUACUACGAAAAAGUGAUACUUAAAGAACAUGGGUAUUAAAUAGUUUAUUGGUAAAAAAAAAAAAUAGAAGUAGGAAUAGACUAAGUUUUAAUAUAUGUGAAGACAAUUACGAUAAAAAAAGAGUGGACGAUGUGUAAUUGAGGAUUAGGACAGAAACGAGAGAAUGUAUGGCACAGACCUACCUGUUAAAUCUGAUAUAAAAGUGAUCAUUCAUCAUUUAGACCUUCUGUCAGCUGGGCAAGGUGACAUAACAGGAUUAUAGCUCAAAUAGAAUAUUUCUGCAGUGCCAUGUUGUGGCAAACACCUUUGUUUUUGCUCCAACAUCAGGAGAGAGUAUAAACUGGAGUAAAUUCCUAGUGUCUGCUUUUAGAUGGGGGUAAAAUGUGUAUCAAGCUCCCAUAGAAAAACAAUCACUUCAAAUAUAAAACAGAUUUAGAUGCAGCUCCCCCGGAUCUAGUGUGUUUUGCUACAGCAGAUCCACCCUUAUCACAGCAGCUGUUACUGAAAGCCAAUGUGGCCCGGCCCAUGUGAACACGCAGCCGAAACAAGCUAGCAGAGGCGGACAGACUGCACACUGAUUCUCCUGUCCAACCUGUGCCAUGAGACCACACCGCAGGCAGACCUAACCUUUAAGUACCGUAGGGGUCGCGGCUGUACGGCAUCAUGUCUUCCCGGGAACGUCGCUCGGAUGUCUACAUAAAGGCGGAACCGAGCAGCCCAGAAGGAGGCGGGGGAGGUCGCACAAGUCCCGGUGGGGCCUCCUCGGACUCCUCUCAGAGUGGAGGUGGGGGAACCAGAGGAGAUGGCGCCAAGCGUUACUCGCCGCCCCUCUACACUCCGGCCCUGCGCUGUCAUUUCAAAGAGGAGGGGGGUGAUGGGGCGGACGAGGGCUCCACUGGUAACGGAGCGGGGCGAUGCAAGUACGCCCUGAGCACGCUGCCCAAGAGGCUGUGUCUGGUGUGUGGGGAUGUGGCUUCGGGUUAUCAUUAUGGUGUGGCAUCAUGUGAGGCCUGCAAAGCCUUCUUCAAGAGAACCAUUCAAGGUAAUAUUGAAUACAGCUGCCCUGCAUCAAAUGAGUGUGAGAUCACCAAACGGCGCAGAAAGGCUUGCCAAGCAUGCCGCUUUACCAAGUGCCUCAAAGUAGGCAUGCUGAAAGAGGGAGUACGUCUGGACAGAGUCCGGGGUGGAAGGCAGAAAUACAAAAGGCGCCCAGAGGUGGAGAAUGCAACAUAUCAGAGCGCCCCUCUUUCUCUGACUAAAGAGAAUGAAAAAGGUUCUUCCAACAUCAUUGUGUCUCACCUGCUAGUGGCAGAACCUGAAAAGCUGUUUGCUAUGCCCGACCCUCUGCAGCCUGACACGGCACAGCGCACGCUCACCACACUCUGCGACCUCGCUGACCGCGAGCUGGUUGUGAUCAUCGGCUGGGCCAAACACAUUCCUGGCUUCCUGUCUCUGUCUCUAGCAGACCAGAUGUCAGUGCUGCAGUCAGUGUGGCUGGAGGUGCUAGUGCUGGGUGUAGCUUACCGCUCCAUUGGCUGUGAGGACGAGGUGGUUUUUGCUGAGGAUUUUGUCCUUGAUGAAGAAAUGUCACGUGUCGCUGGACUGACGGAGCUAAACGCCGCUAUUAGCCAACUUGCCCGCCGUUUCCGUGCUCUAAAUGUGGACCGGGAGGAGUUUGUCAUGCUAAAAGCCAUUGCGCUCACAAACUCAGACUCUGUUUACAUCGAGGACAUGGACGCUGUGCAGAAGCUCCGGGACCUGCUCCACCAGGGCUUGCUGGAGCUGGAGUGUCAGCGGCGCCCAGACGACCCCCAGCGGGCCGGACGCCUCCUUUUAACAUUGCCUCUCCUCCGACAGACUGCUGGCCGUGCUCUGACCACCUUCUACAGCAUCAAGACCCGCGGUGGUGUUCCCAUGCAUAAACUAUUUCUGGAGAUGCUGGAAGCCAUGAUGGACUCUCCUUAGAGCGUGGAGCAAAAGACAAAGUAAAGGGGGAAAAAAAGAAAUGACAGAGAGCUGGUCUACAAGAGUGGACAAGCGGUUUAUAAAACAAAAAAAAAGGAACGUUUUUAUUAAAGAACUAAUAAUGAGGGAUUUAUGCUUCUCAUUUUAAGCUGCGUGAACAAAGAAGGUACAAGGAAAUUACAUUUUUACGAGGGAUUUUGUUUUUUACACCAUGAGGUACCUGCCAGGCUCCAGUUAAAGGCUCCAAGAUCCAUGAGUGACGGCAUAAUAUUUUAAAUCCUUCAUGGAAAGCUUUGUCAUGGCAUCAAAUAAAAAUACUUUCCCACUUAACUUUUAGGUACGCGAUGACUGACUGCAAUUCGUGUAGCCUUUUUAACAUGAUGCUACAUCUGCACAGAAAAGCCAUAUUAAGACGUCGGGCGUAAAGCUUGAGGGUCCAUUAAGGUGCAUGGGGGGGGGGGGGGGGGGGGGGGGGGGGGGGGGUAGGCAAAUCAUAGGAGAUACUUGCAAUAUGUUAAAAGCAAUAUUGUCUGUGACAUUCAAAACAUAGGCAAAAACAAAAAGAUGCUCAUUAGUAUUAGUGUAUCAGUUCUCCAAACAUUGGACCCUAAGUGCUCAUUAUUUUGUUAUUCUAUCAUCUUGUAUUCUUGGAAUAUAGGAUGUAUGGGUGGAAAACAGGAAAGACUACAGCUCUUUUUUUUUUCUUUUUUUUUUUUACAAGUUAAAUAAGAAGGUUAUUUAACAUGAAGCCACUGAGACGUUCUGGUGCAUCCAUAACGUUACGUGUUUCGUGGACAUCCUGAUGGCAAAAACCUGGCUUCCAGCAUGCACCCUUGUGAUCGUGUGCAGUGGAAACAAGAUCAGGGAAGAACACAAACUUUUCGACAUUAAAGCUUUGAUGGCAAUGACUGCGGUUUGGACAAGCAAUGGAUCCGCCUCAUUCGCUUGUUUUUAUAAUCCCCUCCUCCACUACAACCCCACUUUGACCUCUGCAGCUGCGUGUCUAAAAAAGAAAAACACUUCUUUCAUAUUUGAGCUGUACCUUGUAACACUAUGACUGCUGAUGUGUGUGGUGAGAGUUUGCUGCAUUUUCUGCAGUAAUGACGAACAUUGCAUAAAAGAUCUUGAGUGGUUCAGUUUAAGAUCCUUCCUCCUCCUCCUCCUCCUCCUUCUGUGGAUGCACACCUAGUGAACCUGAACCCGCGCCCUGGAAUGGUGCUCAGGGCUACAAGACAUUCAGCUUAUGCAACAUCUUAUUUUUGGAUGUUGAAACCUUGUCUGGUAACGUGUUGAAGGUCCUAUUCUUUAUUAGAACUGUUUGUAUAGUCACAGUGUAAAUGAUCAUUUAGGUAAGCAAAAAAACCACAAUAUCUGAUGUUUAAAAAAAAAAGAAGAAAGAAAAUCAGAUCCCUAUAACUAUUUAGAGACCAAACGGUCAGUACUCUUUUAGCUAUGUACAGUUCCAUUUAAAUAAACAAACAUGCAAUUUGUAGUGGAAGCUAAUAAAGCCAGCAGAUGUAAUACUGAUUCCCCCAUCACAAUAUUUGUGCAGCUUAUUGUGUGAUGAUGUUUGUAAAGGUUAAAAACUUAGUUUUCAUACAGUUUCCCUCUUAGGACAUAAGGGUAUUUACAGUGUGACUCUCUGGUGUGGGUUUGAAAUCAAGCUUUUCAUGCGGGAUGUAAUCAAUGUUCUUUUUCUUCGGGGGAGUAGGGAGUUUUUAGUUUAGGGAUCAAAUUUAAAAGGCACUAUAAAUGUAGGGGCAUAGUAAGGCUACAGAGGGCUAACUAACUGGAGAAACGACUAAAUUUUAAAUAUCGGAUACAGCGAAUUUGUUGAAUUUGAGUUGAUUUCUGUUUACGUUAUUUUAAGGGUGUAUCUGACUAAAUAAUCCUGCGUUAUUAGAUGGCACAGCUGCAGAACAACAGUACUACAUUAGCAAUGGUUAGCGCUAUGAAGCAGGUUCAGAUAUCUGGCAGAAUGUGACCCAAAUUAGCUGUUUUUUUUUUUGUCUUGUUUCCAUUUACGGACACUUUCGUCUCCGAUUUCUUUGUUACCAAGCGGUUCCUUGUUGUUGACUCAGUCCUAUAUGCAAAGAUGGGAUUUGUUCAUCUUGUUUAUCUUUACUAGUAUACAAUGGGUUUGAGGGGGGGUGGAUAGAUUGCUUGUAGUGUCACUGUUCAAAUUCUACCAUUAUUUAUAGGUUCUAUUACUAAUGUGCACAUUAAUAUAAAUGAGCAAUACAAUAAAUUACCAAACCUCACACAUUUUCUUGUAUAGCCACCAUGUACAUUUAACAUUGCCAGUUAUAAUUAUGAAAACUGACUUAAUGUUAUCUUAUUUAGAAAAUUCAAAUCAAUGUUUGUAUUUUGAAAGAGUAUUUAAAUGAUUAAAUUCUAUUUUUUACUCAAUUUACUGUCGUUUGUUGACACAGUUUUAAUUUUGUGUGUGAUACUAGCUGUAAAUUUCUGUGUGUAGGCAUUUGUUUUUAUUUAGGUAAGACGUUUGAUGUCCUUGUCUAAACAUGUUCACAUUAAAUUCACUGUGAAAAAAACCAAAAAAAAACCGGAUCUUCCACUAUCUGGCGCAGCAGGGAGUGGAUUAUUGUAGGUGCUUUGUGUUGUGCAAUAAAUGGACACACCACCACCACA